GUUCCUUGUCGAAGCUCCAGCGCUCAUCCCAGCCCAGGACCUCACAGCACACCCGCCAAUUGCCCGGCCCGACACCACCACAAUGGCCUCCAAGCUGUGCCCGAUGCUCUUCAGGACGGCGGCCGCCCGCUCGGUCGCCCGUGCCGCGCCGCGGCCCCAGAUCCGCAACUUCACAGCCGCCGCCGCCCGGAGAAGCGACACCUUGAUGGUGCACCGCGACACACCCGAGAACAAUGCCGACAUCCCGUUCAAGUUCAACGCGCAGAACGAGAAGCUCAUCGCCGAGAUCCUCAAGCGGUACCCCCCGCAGUACAAGAAGGCGGCCGUCAUGCCCAUCCUCGACCUCGGCCAGCGCCAGCACGGCUUCACCUCGAUCAGCGUCAUGAACGAGGUGGCCCGCCUACUCGAGAUGCCCCCGAUGCGCGUCUACGAGGUCGCCUCGUUCUACACCAUGUACAACCGGACGCCCGUGGGCAAGUUCUUUGUCCAGGCCUGCACGACGACCCCCUGCCAGCUCGGCGGCUGCGGCAGCGACGUCAUUGUCAAGACGAUCAAGGAGGAGCUGGGCAUCAAGCAGGGCGAGACGACCAAGGACGGCCUCUUCACCUUCAUCGAGGUCGAGUGCCUCGGCGCCUGCGUCAACGCCCCCAUGGUCCAGAUCAACGACGACUACUACGAGGACCUGACCCCCGAGACCACCCGGCAGCUCAUCACCGCCCUGCGCGACAGCGCCAACGCCACCGGCGACGCGGCGGCCGCCAAGAAGGUCCCCGCGCCGGGCCCUCUGAGCGGUCGCCAGUCGUGCGAGCACAGCGGCGGACAGACCAACCUAACGAGCCAGCCGUGGGGUAUCGAGACUACGAGGUCUGACCUGUAGAGGAGGGGCGGGGAUUGUUGGUGGUAGUGUAGCGUAGAAGGGAGGGCUUGGUUGGUUGGCUGGUUUUGAACCAAGUAUGCGGCGUAUUUCACUCGAUGCAAUAGAUGGGAUGUCUAGAAAGUUGGACAGCAACAAUCUACUGUCUCCACCUGAAGCAGCGUGCGGGGGAACCACCAUCUGAACCCUUCGAAAACCUUGUACAUACAGAUGCGGAAAUGCGAAACUUUUAUUUGCCCUGGUCAAAUCCCAUGAGGGGAGUGCUUUGUAAUGAUGGCAAGCUAGACCUGUGAAGCAAGUCGCAUUGGCGACGGGAGGAAAGUGUUACUGAGAGAGCCGCCUGUGCCGAGUGUUGAAAAUCCGACCGGGGGGCAAUCUGGGAGUCUCCCGCUGCUUGCCCUCCCGUGCGACUACA